AUGGGGAACUGCCUGGUGAUCCAAGACAGAAAGGAGAUCAAGGUGAUGAGCGUCGUCGACGGCGAGAUCCUCAAGGUGCUCCCGCCACCCCUCUCUAAGGGCGCCCCGGCACGCGUCUCCGGCUCAGACCCCGACGACGAGCUCCGGGCGCAGAAGCAACACCUCAACGACGUCCAGGUGGGCGACUUGGGGCAGCUGCAUCGUUUGUUCCCCUCCGACAUGAAGGCGCCUUCCGCCGCCGCUGACCCUGGCGCCGUCAUGAGGGUGAAGCUGGUCAUCAGCAAGCAGGAGCUCAGGCGGAUGCUGGGCAAGGACGACCAGGCCGUCUCCCUGGACGACAUGGUGGCUCUCAUGCGAAGGGGAUCGGAAGAUCAGCAGCAGGAGGAGAUCGGUUGCUGCAGAGGGUGGCGGCCUGCCUUGCACAGCAUACCUGAAGGCAGCGGUGAUUUAUUCUAUUAG